AUUUGCAGUCUAAUGUCCGCAGCCUCGUUUCUGCAAACCAUGUGACGGUGUGUUUACAUCCUCUCAGCUGUUCCUCAAGAAAAACAGCGCUGGAUCUUCAACGCCACGAAAAUCUAUAUAUCACACAACAGCAGUGCGUUCAAAAACACCAACUCUCAUGUGCAUCCAGUGCGUUUGGUUCGUGCAAAUUCUGAGACUGUUUCAUGGCUUUACAAAGAUCUUGCCGUAGCUGAGAAUGGUCUGAGGUGAUUUGUGUGGGACACAGGCAUCACGACUGGGCAUCCCUGCGGAGAAUCGCUCCAGCACUUUCAUCUGAAUGUGAAGACCGGUCUAGUUAUCCGUCUCUCACUUCCUCUGCAUUUUUUUUUUUUUUUUUUUUUUUUUUGUUUUGUUUCUUUUCUCGGAGGGGAACAUGGGGGGAGCAGUCAGCGCUGGCGAGGACAACGACGAUUUGAUAGACAACCUGAAGGAAGCGCAGUACAUCCGCACAGACCGCGUCGAGCAGGCCUUUAGGGCCAUCGACCGUGGAGAUUAUUACCUGGAGGGCUACAGAGACAAUGCCUACAAGGAUCUGGCAUGGAAGCACGGGAAUAUACACCUGUCAGCGCCGUGUAUCUACUCUGAGGUGAUGGAAGCCCUGAGACUCCAGCAGGGUUUGUCUUUCUUGAACCUCGGCAGCGGCACGGGAUACCUGAGCACCAUGGUGGGCCUGAUUAUAGGUCCGUUUGGAGUGAAUCAUGGUGUCGAGCUGCACAAGGAUGUGGUGGAGUAUGCAAAAGAAAGACUUGAUGACUUCAUUAAAAACAGCGACAGCUUUGACAGGUUUGAGUUUUGCGAGCCACACUUUGUGGUGGGGAAUUGUCUGGAGAUUUCCUCAGACAGUCACCAGUACGAUCGCAUCUACUGCGGCGCUGGAGUUCAGAAAGACCAUGAGAACUAUAUGAAAAUCCUGCUGAAAGUCGGAGGGAUUUUGGUCAUGCCCAUAGAGGAUCAGCUGACUCAGAUCACCAGAACCGGUCAGAGCUCCUGGGAGAGUAAGAAUAUCCUGGCGGUGUCAUUUGCUCCCCUUGUUCAGCAGAGCAGGACAGACGGCUGCAAGCCUGAAGCUGUGGUGCUCCCGCCGCUGUCCGUGAGGAGUCUUCAAGACCUGGCGCGCAUCUACAUCCGCCGAACCCUCCGCAACCUGACCAACGAGGAGCACCCGGCCCGCAACAACACGCAGCGAUCUUCCCAAAAACGCAAACGUAGACGCUGCCGUCGCCGCCGCCGCAUCAACACCUACGUGUUCGUGGGCAACCAGCUGAUUCCUCAACCCAUGGACAGCGAGGAAGACGAAUGCAUCGAGGAGGAGAGCAAAGAAGACGAACAGGAAAAAGACAUUGAGCCCGUCAAACCCGAAGAGCCGCGGGUCAACCAUCUGAGAGACAAAAUCCUCAGUCUGCCGCUGCCCGAGUCGCUCAAGGCCUACCUGCUGUACUACCGCGAGAAAUAACACGUGCCCGUCCCGUAAAAGCGUUAAUCGGCGCUGCUGGUGGUGGUUUUCUUCUCAGACUACUUCUGAUCCUCAAUUUCAUAGUUUUUUUGGAUAAUGUAGCAUAAUUUAAAGAUUUAAAUGGGACGUUGGAUUUGAUUGUGCUUGCUGUGUUUGUUCAUAAUAUUGUAAUAUUCACAUUUCGAAUGUGAUUUUUCACUUCGGAGGACCUUGGGGGUUUAAAAGCUUCCUUGUUUGUAUUACGAAGAUGUGAUGGAAGCUCUUUUUCACAAGCUUGUAUUGUAAGACCAGCUGUUUGAUGAAACCAGUAAUGACGUUUUCUUUCUUUCUUUCUUUUUUAAUAAUUGUAGGGAGAAGGAAACACUCGAGUCAUUAUUUCGGGAUUGAUUUUUGCCUUCUCCGAUUCUCCGCUGUUUAUGAUGCUAAUGCUUUCGAAAUAUAUCUCUUUGGACUGUU